UGUUCACAUUAUCUAUCAGUUGCAAAAGCGCAAAAUUUCAACAGUGUGGAAUUAUUUAAACAUAAUUAGUUUUGUCACCUUCUAAAGGCACCUUCUACACCAUUUUAAUCAAUGCCAUGUCUACCUUUAAUAAAGUCCCUUAUAUUCAAAGUGAUCGUAAAGCACGGUUACAUUAUGUGCAAGUGAAGGAAGAAAAACGUUUACCUUAUCCAAUUCCUUUAAUUAAUUCGUCUGGCCAAGUACAAUAUCCUUUAGAUAACAAGAUUUUCUCAGUUGUUUAUUUCAAUUGUUAUAUCAAUUAUGGGGAAAGGUGUUGUGAGGUAAAAGAGGAAUGUUCCAUGCAAGCUCUGUAUUAUCAUGGAUUCUUUGGUAAGGGUUCAUUAUCGAACAAUGCUCCGACAGCUGAAGUCGCUGAUAUAAUAAGACAACGUAAAAAGCAAAAGAAUGCUUACAUUUGUUCUCAAGAAGCAUCUUUAGAUGCAGCCUUCCCUAUGCGUCCCGAUCACGGCAGCAUCAUUGAUGAUCUUUACAGGAAGACACCGCCAACUUCACGAUCAUCAUCACCAUCUCCAUCAUCGCCAUCAUCAUCAUCAUUUCCAAUAGAACCAAUUCCUAUCCAAUCAACCUAUCAACCUAUCAAGAAUGUGAGCCCAGCUGAUUCUCGCGAAACACUUAGACUUUCUCUUGAAGAAACAUUUUUUUUAGCUUACGCUUUAGGUUGUAUGACUGUCACCGAUUCAUUGAAUGGAUCUAAAUUAAAUUUAACACAGAUUUGGGCUAAAUUCUGUUCCCUUCACUGCCCUACUGAUAAAAGUGAAUUUGCUGGAUACUAUGCUGCUUACCAUUAUUUCAGAAGUAAAGGAUGGGUUGUAAAAAGUGGAACCAAAUUCGGUUGUGAUUUUAUAAUAUACAAAGAAGGGCCCGCUCAUUAUCAUGCCAUCUUCUCAGCAAUAGUUUUCAUUCUCAAAUCCAACCAAACCAUCGCUAAUAAAUACAAAACUCGUGAUUGGCAAUUUCAUUCUGGAUGGGAUCGACUUAGCGAAGGAGUUUCUAAAAAACCGAUUCAAUGUAUUGUUAUUAUUCCUGAACAUUUAAAAGAUGCAGAUUUAUCUGAUCCACGGGUUAUUAAGUCAUUUGAAAUUCGAACAAACUUGUUGAAAAGAUUUGUGGCAUCACAAGGAAGGGAAGCUCCACCAGAUCGUGAUAUAUGAUGGCAAAUUAUAUCUGUCUCGGCUUUUGCUUGCAUCAAAUUAUUUUGUUUAUUAAACAAAAAUAAUUUGUACCCUCAAUCAAUGGACUUAACAUUUCUUGAAAUUUGAUAUGAGUGGGAAAUUAAGAUGUUGCAUUGCAAGCAAAAUAAACAAUGUGAAUGGGAUCUUCAUCCGUUAACAAGUGGCAUUCAAAAAAAUCUUCAGUGUACUGGUCUAAACCGGGUAGAAAGAGUUUAUUGGAAUUUUUUAAAUAAACAUUCAACUGAAAUACUAA